AUGCCGACCUUCGAGGUGAACGACACUGUCGUGCUCAAGAAUGACUGUUCCCUCGUGGGGACUAUCGAGCGUACUGCAGGCCUCUCGGAUGGCUUUGAGAGCACAUCGCUCGAAGAUCUACUCAUCGUGAAUUACACAGACGUCCCCGAGCGCGUGUUAAUUGACUUCGUGAACUCGGCUAUACCUCCCCGGGAAUAUGUCUUCAUCAUAUGUGUUGAUGAAGAACGCGGUGCGUUCUUGACCCACGAGAACGAUCUCGAGCUCCUCAGCCGAUCCUUCGACCUCGGUGAUGUUGUCAAGAAGAACGGCCAGUCCUCGUCCAUGAUCGGCACGGUCAUAAACUAUACCGACACGUAUGCACUGGACCAUGUGUUUCAUGAAACAAGAGACGGUCGGUUGAUUUCUUCGCUGGCGCCUGAUGCUAAACAGCAGAUCCCCUCUUGUGGUGACAACUGUGUAGCAAAUCUGUCUCCCCACAACUACAUCUUCAACGUCUCGGCCCAAGACAUUACACAUGCACAGGACGUCUUCGAAGGAGACUUGGCUCUGUACGAUGACUGGCUAGGGGCCAUAGAGGAGGCAGAAUUCGAUAUUGUCCUACGCCUAACAAACGACUCUAUUGUCAUACUUAAAUCUCCACAAGACCUCCAUCUUCCCAUAAAGGACCCCGAAAAGCCCCUCGUUUCUCUGCCUGAGUUUGACAACUUGAGACGCCCCAAUGUCAUCGAUGCCUUCCAAGGCUGGUCGACCAUUCCGGCCUUGAAGACGCCUGGACUCGGCUCUUUCGUUGCUACAAGCAGAGCCACACUUAAAGCUGGUCGAUGGAUCAGAGGCGAGUAUAUCGGCGCCACACCCCCUGAGGGAAUCGUCAUUGGUGUCAUCCCACGAACAGUCGAUGCGCGUUGGAUUACACCAAGUCCCUUCACUCGGAAGCCAAUUCGCGAUCUCCAGCAUCCUUCACAUCGCCAUACGGUAUACAAAAACAUCAACGCAUACAGAAACCCUACCGAGCUGAAGCCUCGAGAAGGAUUGAAGAUAUGCGACGGCACUUCCUAUCCUUCCGCACGUUCGCAGACAGACAGUUCCGUGGCCCUUCUCAACAACGGGUCACAAGCACGGUCGACAGGUGCUUAUCAAGACCUAAGACCAGGUGAUCAGGUGAGGUUCCGCGAUCCGACUGCAGCAAGCGUCAAGUACGCGGGCGUGCACGGAACUCGGCAUGGUGCGUUCCGUAGGAUCUCCUCAUCACAACAUUGUCCGGGUUGGGACCUGAAUAUCUUGAAAAUCGUGUCCAAAACGCAAAUGGUGGUAGUUCAGUGGCAAGAUGGAUCUGAAACGACUAUUACAGCGAAUGAGCUUCACAGAUUCGCCGCUUUCGAAUCAGCCCUUACGCCGGGUCAAGCGGUUCUCAACCGCGCCGGCCUGCAACAAUCGCUGGUGGGACACGAUGGAGUGGGAGCUUCGGCGCCGCAAUUUAUUCCCUUCAACGAGAUGGCAUUUUUCGAACGUCCGCAUAAUCUGCAUCCCUCGAAAGUAGGCAUAGUGCAAGCUGUCGACCAUCAGGAGCGGGUGGCCAAGGUACGCUGGUUUGAGAAGCCCAAGGUUGUCCUCAUCGAAGCUGGCGAGCUCCUCAGCCCUGAAUCGUGGUUUGGACCGAUCAGCUCUUCUAUAGAGGAGGUAUCGCUGUACGAGAUCAUGACCUUCCCAGCCUUCGAUAAGCGAUUACGCGAUUUUGUCGUAUUGCCACCAAACACAACCCUUGAAGAGCUGCGCAAGAAUAUCAAGAACAAGAAAUUAGACGAAGCCUACGAUCUCCCGAUGGCAACAAACCCAGCGCUCGAUUUCGACCGAUUGAUCACUCGUGCAAAGACGUGUAUGCAUGCAAAGCACAUCGAAGAGACACAGCGUGCGAUCAGUAGCGAAGGUGAUAAUGGUGAUGGCACUUGGAUAGGCGAGAUUGUUGGAAUUGGUUUGGAUGGUACCUUGACCGUGAGAAUGCGAGGUGGAAAGAUCUGCCGCGAUACCCAGCUGCCGCUGGACGUUGUACUCGCUUGCAUCAACGUUGACGAGCUCGGCGUUCAAGACUACGAUGCUGAAGAAGACUUGGAGGAAUGGUGGGAAGAUUAUGUUGAGGGUCGAGAUGAUAGUCGGAGCCCGUCACCUAUUUCUCAGUCGUUCGAGUACGAAGGUGGCGCUCGCUUGGACACUGAUGAGGAUGACGACGCCUGGACUUCUGCCGAAGAAGACAUGAGCGGUAGUCAACUCAGCGACGGAACGACGGCCGGUGCCCAACAUCUCGAGGCUGAUGAGGAUGGGUAUAUCGAUGAGGACGUCGAAAUGGCUGAUGCUAGCACCCAAACUGCCGUGUCGCUGCCUAGUGCACCCACUGCUCCACCUCGUUCUGGCAGCUUCGCUACGCUCCGCCAACACCUCCCCUCGGAGCCACCUCUACCCUUUGAAGUCCUCGACAUUCUUCCACCCGCAGACCAAUACUCCGCCGACCUCCAUCCCAGUACCUCCUCAACCUUUCUCAAACGAAUCCGCAAAGAGCACAAGACCCUCGCCUCCUCGCUUCCCCCCGGGCAGAUCUACGUCCGUACAUAUGACUCCCGUCUCGACCUGCUGCGCUGCCUUAUCAUCGGCCCACCCGACACGCCCUACGAAGACGCGCCUUUCCUCGUCGACCUCUACCUCGGCCCCAAAUUCCCCGAUGAGCCGCCCAUAGCACACUUCCACAGCUGGACGUCCGGCCUGGGCCGCAUCAACCCGAAUCUCUACGAGGAAGGCAAGAUCUGUCUCAGCCUGCUGGGCACAUGGCCCGGAAAGGAGUCCGGCGAGGGCUGGAGCAAAGACGCCACCAUCCUGCAGCUGCUGGUGAGUCUGCAGGGGUUGGUGAUGGUGCGGAACCCCUUCUUCAACGAGGCGGGCUUCGAGGGCUACGAGCAGGAAGGCGGCUACCGGCUCGAGGCAGCCCAGUAUGCGGAAAAGGCGUUCGUCAUGGCCAGAGGGUUCGUGCGGCACGCCCUCGAGCGCCCGCCCAGGGGCGUAGAGGACGUGCUGGCGUGGCUGUUCUUGCCUGACGAGGCCAAGCAAGAGCAGAUGGGGGCCAUUGAUCAGGCCGAGGAGAGCCAGGAAGAGCAGAGACGAGGCCUGCUGCUCAAGAUUCUCCAGCGGGGGCGUCGGCUGAUCGAGAGCAGCGAGGCGGUGAGGACGAGCGCCAUGCAGGUCGACAACGACGGUCAGUCAGACCAGCAGCAGAGCCAGGAGGUGCAGCUCAUGGAUGCGGCGGGCUCGACGGGCGAUGCCACGAAGGCGUUUUUGAGACCGCUCAGCAAGGGCGCGGUCGUGAUGCUGCGGCGCAUGCUGGCUGAGUUGGAUGCUGCUGGGUCUGUGGCUGAGGGAGGGGCAUAG